GAGGAAGCCCGUCCAGGCCUCGCCUCUCCUCCCGGCGCCCGCCCCCGAAACAGAUGGUGCGUCCGGUUCGGUGGAUGAUGUCAAAAAGCUUUUCAGCUGCUGGCCGCUGAGCGAGCUGAGUAACCAGAUACGUGUUCACCUUCGGGGAAUGAGUUCAAAAAAAGACGUACUGCAAAGCGGAGAAGACCGCAUUAGCCAAAAGACCAGGUGACAAACAGCGAGAGAAGGCGCGGAGCCCAGAGUUUAUAAAGACACAAGUGGAGAUUGCAGCAUGGCUGGUGAGACCCCCUGAAUCUGCCUUUCUUGCGCCAUGGCCUCAGACCCCAUGGUCCCAUAUGAUGGGGGCCAGGGCAUGGCUGAAGUGAACACCUGCAACCUAGAGAUCCAGCGGGACUAUAAAGUUGUUCCUGCUCUUAUAUAUUCCAUAUGCUGCCUGUUUGGGAUAGUCUACUGCUUUUUUGGUUACCGCUGUUUCAAGGCUGUCAUGUUCCUCUCUGGCCUGAUGUUUGGCUCAGUUAUCAUCUAUCUGCUGUGCCACAAGGAGCGGGUCCUGGACACACAGCUAAGUGUGGAAGUUAGCGCGAGUAUAGCCCUGGGCAUCGGCUUGCUGUGUGGCCUGGUCACUAUGCUCGUGCGAAGUGUGGGCCUCUUCAUGACUGGCCUGCUCCUGGGACUGCUGUUGUGCAUGGCUGCGCUUGUGAUCAUGGAACAGUUCUACACUCCAAGCACCGUCUGGGUGCCCAUGGGCAUGCUGAUUGGAGGGGGUAUGUUAUUUGCUGUAAUUACCCUGCAAUGGCAGAAGCUUUUCACCAUUCUUUCCACUGCCAUUUUUGGUGCCGCCACCAUCACAGUCUGUGUGGACUACUUUAUUGAAAUGCAGCUUCUUGUUGAUUUCCUCUAUGACCGGAUCCGACUGUCACCCUCAGACCCACUCUGCUGGUACAGCUGGGUCAUCAUUUCUUUGUGGCCAGUGCUGGCCUUCUUAGGAGUCAUUGUGCAAUGGAAGCUGACUGCAGAAGGAUUCUCUCAUACAGAAGUUAUUCUCAGCCGGCGUCAGAAGAGGAUCCAGCUGAUGAGAAUUCGUCAGAAAGAUGCUAAGAAACAGCAGCAGAUGGUAGCUCAAGAAGGCUCCUACCGUCGCAAGCCAUACCCAGUGAAGCGUUAUGCUGGGGAUGUGCUGGCACCGAGCUACCUGCAGAGUCUGCGGGAUCGGCAGAUGGGCACUGGGACAUCCCUGAGUAGCCUGAGCACUACUAACCACACACUGGUGGACCUGGACUAUGAGUGUGGCUCCACUGUGCCUCUUACUGCUGCCACACCUGUGGGGCCAACUGUCUGAAGGAAUGUUUACAAACCUCCAUUAUCGCUGACCAUCAGCAGCAGACAGACAUUACUGUGGAUCUGAAAGUCCGGCAAUCCUGGGGAGGCCUUUGUGUAUUACAAUUACACAGCCUUGGACUUCAUUUGUUCCAUUUUUGACCAUUUUAAACAAAAUCACUUCAUGCUGGGAGUAGGAGAUUCUCUUCUUGUACAGGCGCUGAAAGACCAGUGCACUCCUUGGAAUGCUGGAUUGCAUGAGAAACCGCCGCAUUCAGUCUGAUGGUUUUGUACAUCUGGUGACAGCAUUGAAGGAAUGUAUAUUUUGGGACCCCCCCCCCCACCACCUUUUUUUUGCAAAAUUAGAGGAGUGGGCCAACUUGUUUGGUGACUAAAUUGGAUGUUUUUAAUUUAUUAUUUAAAACCAGUGGCCUUUGUAUCCAGUGCCUUACUGAGGUGUCAGGUUGGAUGGCUGAACUAGAAGGAACCUGGCAGCUUGUAUUUGCACUGCAUGAGGCCACCCUGCUACACCUGUGUGUCCACUUUGUGUCUGGUGAGCUUGGUGGCAUGCCUUGUCAGUGCCCAACCCUAGUCACAUUUGCAAGAAAAUAAAGUUUAUUGAGUGUUGGAAUUGCUCUGUGCACCAUAUUGCUUCUGGAUGCAGUGUGGGUUGAUGGUAGCAGCACAGUGUGAAUGUGGGCACUUUUAAAUUGGACAAUGGGAGUUUGUGUGAAGACUUGUGUAAAGUCACCCAUGCCAAGUGUAACGUUUUUGCUUUUCUGAUGCUGCGUGUAUGUCUAGGGCAGGGGUGGGCAAUGUCGGUCCUGGAGGGCCGCAGUGGCGGCAGGUUUUUGUUCCAACCCAGUUGCUUUAUGAGAAGCGAGUUAUUGCUGAUGAAGCACUUCUUGAUCAAGUGACAUUCUGAUGCUUCAUUUUAGUGGUCUUGUUUGUUAAGGUUCCCCACCCUUAUUUGCUUGUUUCAAUCUUAAACAGCUACAUUCGCUGUUUUAAUGGCUUCUUAUUAACAAUAAGAUGUAAAUGACAAAGCAGCCAGCAGUUCUCCAUCUAACUUGUUUCCAUUUGCAUCUCUGUGGGUUCAUCAUGCACCGUUUGAUUUAAUAAAACACUUAACAGGAAAAAGUGACAGAUGGAAAAUCAAACGUUUUAGGCUUCAAAUCAUUUGGGUGACAUCCUUGCAAAGAAAAAAAUCUAUGAUAUGAGAACCUUACAUUGCAGACUAGCAGGCCAUAAAAUAAAAUUAGUUCUGAGAUUAGCAAGGAUUGGUUUCUAAUUAAGCAAUUGGGUUGGAAUGAAAACCAGUAGCCACUGCGCCUCUCCAGGACCGACAUUGUCCACCCCUGGCCUAGGUCAUUAGUCUGUGACACAUACAGUUUUGAAGUGAACAUUUCUUUCUUUCGUGCAUUUUUUUUAUGUAUGGUAACUAAUGGACACAUUUUUGUGUGUGUGCUUCACACUUUGAGUUUGUGAACAUAUUCUGUGCUUGAAAUUGGGAAAUGUUUUGUACUAUUUAGUCUUUGUAGUUAGAGAGACAAUAUUGUGUUUGUGAGCGCUCUGUGUGUGUGGGAGCCGGGAACAUUUACAGGGUCAUUCCUGUCACAUAUGCAGAGAAGGGUGAAAUUCUUACUUGACUUCGUUCAUGGUCACAGUGGUAAAGUUUCGACCUUGAUCGAUCAUCUUCUCUUGUUGUAUUCUAGGAGUAAUAGAGCAGCAAGCAGUGAUCCGCUGUUUAUGAGCUGAAGGUGUACCAGGGGCUUGUCUGUUUGUCAGAGUCUUGGUAUGGACUUGCUCAAUGCUGUCGUCAGUAGUUGACAUGUAUGGGGUAUCUCACUUUUUCUUUUCUUCUCAGUCCUUUCCUAAACAGUCUCCCAUGGUACAGCAUCAUCUCCAUAUGGUGCAGAAAGUCUUGUAUGGAUUUUGGGCCCCAGUACACCUUCAGCUCAUAAAAAAAAAUGGAUCAGUGCUUGCUGCUUCUCUUGGUGCAAAUAGAGAUGUGCACAGGGAACACCGCAGAGCCAAACCAAACAAAAUUAUUACAAAAGUGCAAAGAAAAAAUGUUAAUCUCUUGUUUUCGUGCUGAAUGGCAAUACCAGUUUUUGAAAGAGUAAAUGUUUCUGGUGACCAACACUGGACAAUAGCAAACAAUAACAAACUGUUCAAUUAAAAAAAUUUUGCAUUACUUGUCUCCCAUAAUCAACAUGUUACAUCAUCCAUUUGUAUGCUCACAUUCCAAAUAUGUGUGUGUGUUUUUACUAAAAUAUUGUUAAAGGAACCACUUCUGGAAAACGCUGUCAUAAAUGAAAAAGGAACAUGCGCAGACGUGAGCAAGCCUUUGACCUGAAGACCCGCCUCAUUCAUUGGUCAGGAGUCCAGCCAGCAACGGCUUAUUCAUUGGCUAACAUUGCACUUCAUGCGAUAUCAACCAGAAAAGCAUGUAAAAGAUUAAAAAUGAAAGAAAACUGAAUGGAAACAUCAGGAAGGGAAAGUGCCUUGAACUUAUAUAUAUAACUGAGAGGUUUUAACAACCAGAAGAUCAAGUAAACCAAGAAGUUUCACGGCCUGACACUAAAUAAUUACAAGGUACCUCUGUGGUGGAUAAAUGAUGGGUGGCGGGUCUACAAUUCAAAUGCUGUUUGCAUCUGAGUUUGUUCCACUUUUGUUAACAAAAGCGUUUGAGAAGUGGUCUAUUUAACAAUGUUUUAGCACAAA